AUGAACUUUGAGCACGAACUUGACGCAGCGCGUGGUCGUCCUCUCCGCCGCGAUGAGAGCUACUCAAAAGACGAGGUAUGCUCCCUGUCACCAAACCAUGUGCCCUUGCUGACUGGCAAGCUUGUGAAGGCUAUCAUCUGCUUCACCGAGAUCGCGAAGCGGGCCGGCUACCCCCUCCCCGCCGCCGAGAAGGAGGUCCUGCGUCAUCGGGUCGCGGUCGCCGUGGAGCGCAUCGAGAAGAGGGUCGCGGCUGUACCGGCAUCCACAUGCAAGCGUGUUCUGCAGCGCGUCCCCAUGGAGGCAAAGCAGGACUUGCUCAUGCACGAUUCGGAGCCCGAGGAGUAUUCGAUGCUCGCCGCGGACGAGGCCCCGACCCGUGCGACUCUGCGUCCCCGCGCGCACACCUCACGCGCGUGGCAUGGCACCAGCUGGCUUGCGUAUCCCCUCAUGCUCUUUCGUGGGCCCUCGUUCCGCGUCCGCGGGUCCGACCUGCCCCACAAGGGCGCUAACAAGACGGACCCCGCCCUGCAGACGGUACGUGCCCGACCUGCCCUCUCCUUCGCCGAGCGCACCGCCAACGCGCACGCUGCUGCCCGCCUCAAGUGCAGCUCUCCCGAUGGAUAG